CCUUGCUUUGGGCCUAUAGGAGAUGUGCAGAAGGGUCAACCCAAUCGGACCCACAAGACAAAGGAUGCCCAUGUCUGUGGCAGAUGUUGCGCUGAGUUCUUUGAACUUCCAGACUUGCUACAACACAAGAAGACCUGUACUAAAAACCAACUGGUUUUAAUUGUGAAUGAAAACUCUGUAUCUCCUUCGGAAGCCUUCCCUCCUAGCCCCCCUAAAGAUAAUUCCGAUGAACGGAAGAACAAUACAGAUAAUAACGUGGAUCAAGUUGAAUGCAGCAGCGUUCCUGAGCAAGGCGACAAACUUGACAAGGAAGAAACUAUGGAUCUAGAGUCUUCUUCCAGUGUUAGCAAAAGCACUAGCAGUACUUCCCAGACCGUCAACAGUAGUAUUGCAAGCAGUAACUGCUCCACAAAGGGUACCUCAGCUCUUACAACCUCUCUACCUCAACUGGGGGAUCUAACCAUGCUGGGCAAUUUCUCCGUGAUCAAUAGCAACGUUAUCAUCGAGAACCUUCAGAGCACGAAAGUAGCGGUGGCCCAGUUCUCUCAGGAAGCACGCUGCAAUGGCACCUCAACCAACAAGCUGGCCGUCCCUGCCCUAAUGGAGCAACUGUUGGCUUUGCAACAGCAACAGAUCCAUCAGCUGCAACUGAUUGAACAAAUCCGUCACCAAAUAUUAUUGCUGGCUUCCCAGAACGCAGACUUGCCAACGUCUCCCAACCCGCCUCAGAGUACAGUACGAGCAUCAGCCAACCCCUUGUCGACGUUAAGUUCCCAUUUAUCCCAACAGCUGGCUGCAGCAGCUGGAUUGGCACAAAGCCUCGCUAGCCAGUCUGCCAGCAUUGGUGGUAUGAAACACCUAUCUCCUCUACAGCUACCUCAGAGCAAUUCUGGCAACACUACGAUUCCAUCCAGUAGCGGCUUAUCUCCAAGUAUUAGCCUAGCUACCGCAGCAAUUACAACGUCACCUUCUGACAAAGUGAUUACAAACGCUGGUGGUCCACCACUUGGCAACCCGCCAGGGACCAUGUCAUCAUCGCCAGCUUUUGCAAUAAGCAGUUUAUUAAGCCCUGUAUCAAAUCCGCUUCUACCUCAACCCACUCCUAGUAACUCUGUGUUCCCCAAUCCUUUAUCCAAUCUCGGAACACCCGCAGAGGACUUAAACUCGUCGUCUGCUUUGGCCCAGCAGAGGAAAAGCAAGCCGCCCAAUCUAACCGCCUUUGAAACGAAAAGUAAUUCGGACGAAGCGUUCUUCAAACAUAAGUGCAGGUUCUGCGCAAAAGUUUUUGGGAGCGACAGUGCCUUGCAGAUCCAUUUACGUUCUCAUACUGGGGAGAGGCCCUUCAAAUGCAACAUCUGUGGAAACCGGUUUUCCACCAAGGGGAAUUUAAAAGUCCACUUCCAACGGCAUAAAGAAAAAUACCCUCACAUUCAAAUGAACCCGUAUCCAGUACCAGAGCAUUUAGACAACAUUCCCACAAGUACGGGGAUUCCGUAUGGGAUGUCCAUACCACCAGAGAAACCGGUCACCAGUUGGUUGGAUAACAAGCCAGUGUUGUCAACUUUGACCCCAUCUGUUGGCCUGCCACUUCCACCCACAAUUCCAAGCUUGACACCUUUUAUCAAAACAGAGGAGCCUCAGCCCAUUCCCAUCAGUCACCCUUCAUCUAGUCCUCCAUGUUCUAUCAAAAGUGACUCUGGUUCCAUUGAUCCUGCAGGGAAGAACUCCAAUGGGAAUCUGGCAGAAGGGGAAAUGGGUGCUUUGCUGUCUUCAAGUGACAAGCCAGAAGAAAGCAUGCCCAGUGUUUCCUCUAGUGUGAAUCAUUCUGUAACCUCCCCAGCGGCAGAAUCGGAUUCCAGCAAUGCGGUUGCUUUUACCAAUCCCCUGUCUCUCAUGUCCGACCAGUUUAAGGCCAAGUUUCCAUUUGGAGGGCUGCUGGAUGGAAUGCCAGCCUCGGAGACCUCAAAACUGCAGCAACUUGUAGAAAACAUUGACAAAAAGGCAAGCGAUCCAAACGAGUGUCUCAUUUGCCACCGAGUGCUCAGUUGCCAGAGUGCUCUGAAAAUGCACUACCGCACACACACUGGUGAAAGGCCCUUCAAGUGCAAGAUCUGUGGCCGGGCCUUCACUACAAAAGGCAAUCUAAAGACCCAUUACAGCGUCCAUCGUGCCAUGCCACCAUUAAGAGUGCAACAUUCCUGCCCCAUCUGCCAGAAAAAGUUCACCAAUGCAGUUGUGUUGCAGCAGCACAUUAGGAUGCACAUGGGGGGCCAGAUCCCUAACACACUUGUGACUGACUAUCCUGAGUCAAUGGAAUCUGAUACCGGCUCGUUUGAUGAGAAGAACUUUGAUGAUCUGGAUACCCUCUCUGAUGAGAACAUGGAAGACUGUCUUGAUAGUAGCGUACCAGACACCCCUAAGUCUGCAGAUGCAUCUCAAGAUAGUUUAUCAUCCUCCCCGUUGCCACCAGAAAUAUCGAGUAUUGCUGCUUUAGAAAACCAGAUGAAGAUGAUCAAUGCAGGGCUGGCUGAACAGCUCCAAGCGAGUUUAAAAUCUGUGGAAAAUGGAUCAGUCGAAGGAGACAUUAUGACAAACGAUUCUUCAUCGGUUGGGGGUGAUAUGGAAAGUCAAAGUGCUGGAAGUCCUGCCAUUUCGGAGUCUACCUCUUCCAUGCAGGCCUUGUCCCCAUCCAACAGCACAACGGAUUUCUACAAAUCACCAGGCAUGGAAGACAAACUGCUACGGACUUUACCAAACGACUUUGCCAACGGUUGGCCUGUCACCCUUGCCAACGGUGGUGCUUUGGACUUGACAUCAGGCAAUCCAGAAAAAAUGGUGAAGGAAGAGCCACUGGGCAUGUUGUUUCCUUUCCGCGAUAGAGGCAAACUUAAAAACACGGCGUGCGACAUUUGUGGCAAAACGUUUGCUUGUCAGAGUGCCUUGGACAUUCAUUACAGAAGUCAUACCAAAGAGAGACCGUUUAUUUGCACAGUCUGCAAUCGUGGCUUUUCCACAAAGGGUAAUUUGAAGCAGCACAUGUUGACACAUCAGAUGCGAGAUCUACCAUCACAACUCUUUGAACCCAACUCCAACCUUGGCCCAGCUCAGAACUCUUCCUCCAUCAUACCUGCAAACUCUCUCUCGUCCCUUAUAAAAACCGAGGUCAACGGUUUUGUACAUGGCUCUCCUCAGGACCACAAAGAGACACUGCCCAGUUUGCUUCCUUCGGGACCUUUGCUGCCUUUGGCGACGUCACCAGUCUUACUUCCAACUCUGCCUCGGAGGACACCCAAGCAGCACUUCUGCAACACGUGUGGAAAGACCUUCUCAUCUUCCAGUGCUUUGCAGAUCCACGAACGGACCCACACAGGAGAGAAGCCUUUUGCUUGCACAAUUUGUGGAAGAGCUUUUACCACCAAGGGCAACCUUAAGGUGCACAUGGGAACUCAUAUGUGGAACAGUGCUCCCGCCAGACGAGGCAGACGGCUCUCCGUGGACGGGCCCAUGACUUUCCUCGGAAGCAACCCCAUCAAAUUUCCAGACAUGUUUCCAAAAGAUUUGGCCGUGAGGUCGGGAAACGGUGACCCUUCUACCUUCUGGAAUCAAUACGCUGCUGCCUUCUCCAACGGUUUGGCCAUGAAGACCAACGAGAUCUCGGUCAUUCAGAAUGGGGGGAUCGCCCCGGUUCCCGGGAGCCUGGGCAACGGCAGCAGCUCCCCCAUCAGCGGUUUGACCGGCAGCCUGGAGAAACUCCAGGAUUCAGAACCUAAUGGGCCUCUAGCUGGUCUGGAGAAGAUGGCAGGCAGCGAAAACGGGAUCAGCUUCCGGUUAACCCGCUUUGUGGAGGACAGCAAAGAGAUUGUAACAAGUUAG